CGGUACGGUCUGUAGUACUUCUUGAAAGGAUUUACAUAUAAAUAUAACCGACGUGAACAGAUGCCUUCAGUAGCCCGAUAGUUUUAGCGUGUGUAGAUUCUAGUUGGAAUCUCUUCAGUGUAGGAAGUGAUAAUUGCUUCAAGUGUUCAUUCGGUAAUUAUCGAAGAUGAAAUCAUUUAUUGUUAUCAGUGCAAUACUAGCGUGUACAUUCGCCGCCCCUCAAGGUCCUUUGGAGGAACCAAUUCCAAUCAUACGACAAGAACAGGAAGUAAAUCCUGAUGGAAGCUACCGGUGGAGUUACGAAACUGGCAAUGGAAUCACCGCUGAAGAGCAAGGAUUUCUUAAAAAUCCAGACACCGAGCAGGCAGCUCAGGUAGCCCAAGGUGAAUUUUCUUACACAGCACCGGAUGGCCAGCUGAUUAGGCUGCAGUAUAUUGCCGACGAAAACGGAUUCCAACCGAUCGGAGACCAUCUUCCAACGCCACCACCAAUUCCACCGGCAAUCCAAAGGGCACUGGAGUACCUGGCGAGUCAACCACCAAGUGACGGUACAUCACGGAGGUUUUAAAAUGUAGUCUUUUGCAGUAUAUGUUGCGGUCAACUAAUCUCUAGAAUAAACAAAUACAGAUUUCGAAAGUACAAUAUUGAA